AUCAUAUCAAAUACAACUGUUCAAAGACCAGACCCAGUUAACAAAAACCCAGUUGCUGCAGAACCUGGCGGCUUAAGUGGGAAACCUCUAUUCGGCCUGUCUACCAACAUCUUAAAGCAGAUGUACAUUUUGACAAGGGGUAGGAUUCCUUUGGUCGGUUGUGGGGGUGUCAGCAGGUAAAUUCAAGUAGAACAGCAUUUCUUCACUAUCUUCAUUGGCAUUUAGGGUCAUGAAACUGACUGAUGUUUGGAACUUCCCUCCUUUCUCUGACCUUCGUUCAGUGGCGAAGAAGCAUACAAAAAAGUUCGAGCUGGAGCAACUCUUAUUCAACUUUAUACAGGCCAUUUGCCUAUGGUGGACCUGCCCUGAUCCCUCAGAUAAAGGUAUUUUUUUUGAAGAGAAAAGGCAAUGAUAUUAACUCAAAGAAGGAAUACAUUCUGAGGUAUAAAGUGAAAAGAUAGAAGCUGGGACAUCCUCUAAAAGGGUACAAGAAGAGUUUGAGGGAGAGAGGCGACCAAGAGAUGCAAGCGCAUCUGCCAGCUUGUUUUGAUCCCGCGAUAUAUGCGUCAUAGGGAUAUUCACCAUAAGUAACAGGUUUCGCGUGUCCUCCAGCACAAACCCAAGAGUAGAUAAAGGCAGAUUGUCUUUCUGGAGGGCAGCCACCCACUACACAGGCAUCUUCUUCAAGAUAGAAUGGAAUCAGGUUGUGCACAACAGCCAAAAGGCUCAGAUAAAAGUAUUGAUCUCUUAUCUCUUAUGCCAAGCUUCACAAACUUUCCAUAUGGUGGGGCCCACAUACUCUAACUUGGCAGAACCUGGGUGGGUUUGCUUUUUGAAAGUGUAAAAGUCAGUCAGUCAUGGCAAUGCGAGUCUCUUCUUUUUCCUAUUGGGAAUCCAUUGUGACCUUAUCUUCCUUCGGGCUUAAGCAAACUGUUCGCUGCUCUUUGGGAGGGAUUGCAUCAUGUCUUUUUUUCUUGACACUUUGCGAGUCAUUCUCCGCCGCGGAAAAGAAAUUUCUGAUGUUAGGAAUGAUGAGACUUCCCACAGAGAAGAAACUUCUGAUGUUAGGAAUGAUGAAACUUCCUACAGAAGCCCUUCGCGAGAAUGUUUAGUAGGCGAUCGUGAUCCCAAAACAAUAUACUACUAUGAAUACUACCCCAAUUUGGGAGUUAGUAACUCUUCUGGAGAAGGCAAAAGUUCUGUGUCUUCUUCUUCAAAAGUUGUAGAUACAGGGAGAAGUGGAUCCGAUUUCCCUACGUCACUUGGAAGGACCAAUGUAGUAGUGUCUCAGAAUUCCAACUUAAGGAGUUCCUCCCCUCAACCCCCAAUUGGUUCUUCUAGACCAUCUUCAUCAUCACAUGAACCUGCAGCGCAUUCUUCCACCUCUUCUCUGUCGACCAAGAGAGUGUUACCAUCGUGUCCUAAUCCACCCCCAUCUAUACCAAAGGCCCCCACUUCUUCUUCAAAGCCAUUAUGUCAUUCAUCUCCCUCCCCCACAACAUCUUCUUCCAAAUCAUCUAUACCAACCCCUGUAUCCAAAACAAUUCCUUCUGAAGCAUCGUCCCGUUCAUCUGAACCACGUUCAUCUUCACCUAAGACCCUUCUGCAGUCUAAGCCAACUCUUUCCACAGUUUCCUCAAAUUCAAUAAGUAAACGAGCAAUGCCAACCACUGCAUCCCAAAAAAUUUCUUCCGAAUCAUCUUCCCCGUCUUCUAAACUCCUUCCACAUUCUAAGGUAACUCUUUCCAAAAUGUCCUCAAAUUCAAUGGGUGAGGGACAACAAUCAAAUUAUAAAUGCGUUCCAAAGAGUGACUCACCUUUCUGCAUAAUACCGAAGCACAUUGAAGAACUGUUCAGGAAAGACAUUGUGCCUGAAAUUCUAAAGAAGCCAUUGUCUCCAACAACUUACAAGGAUUACUUUGCUGCCUUGCUAUAUGCUGAGGACUUCUAUAUUGAGAAAUGGAGCGAAUUUAAGUUAGUGAAUGUGACCCUAGAGCUGCAAGAGGCAGUGAUUCAUAAGAAGUCAGGCCGGAAGAGUUACUUUGAUGAUAAUUAUGAGAAGGAAGAAAAGAUUCUGGUGGCAUUCGAGAUUGACUCUGUUCCUGAGAAACGGCCGUUUCUUAUAUCAAGGGACUUUGUCUUUGCACGUCCUUCAGGCAAGGAAGUUUUACCAUUUCAGGGUUUUGUCUAUCAAGUGCGGAAGAACACUCAAUUAUUAGUUGAAUUUGGAGAAGAUUUUCUCUCUCAGCACUAUUCUACUCGCAAAUACGAUGUUAGCUUCUCGUUCAACAGAGUUUGCUUAAAGAGGGCUCAUCAAGCAAUUGCAGAUGCUUCAGAUGUUUUAUUCCAGAACUUCCUUUUCCCUCAUCACAUUUCAAGAAAAAGCAUUGCUGUGUUACCUCCUCCUUUGCAUUAUGUAAGGGAUCCUGAUGUAAGCUCGAUAGUCCAUCAGAUAUUAAGUUUUCAGGCUCCUCCACCAUACCUUGUGAAGGGUCCUCUUUGUGAAGCCAGAAGAACUGAAUCCGACUCAAAUCAACUAUCAAAAACCGGAUUGGCUCUUCGAGAAGCACUACGCCAAAUUUAUCAAAGGUCACCUGCAUGUCGGAUUCUUGUAUGUGCUCCUACUAACAAAACUUGUGAUGUGCUCCUCGCGAACUUGAUGAAGUAUAUUCCGGAGUCAGAUAUGUUUCGAGCCAAUGCUGCAUUCCGAGGGAUAUAUGAGGAAUCAAGUCUGUAUGGAGAGGAAGACUCUUGUUUUUCUGUUCCUCCUCUUGAUGAACUGCAGGAAUUUAGGGUGAUAGUUACAACUUAUAUGAGUAGCUUUCGUCUGCAUAAGGAAGGCAUCAUCGCUGGUCAUUUUAGUCACCUGUUUCUGGUGGAUGCAUCAUCAGUCCAUGAGCCUGAGCUGAUGGUGGCUUUGGCUAAUUUCGCAAACCAAAAGACAGCUGUGGUAGUCACCGGUUCUCCAGGAGGCUCGACGAGAUGGGUUCGGUCUGAUAUAGGCAGGCGACAUGGAUUGCGGAAGUCCUACUUUGAAAGACUGUAUGAGAGCAACCCUUACAAAAGUUUGGAUCCUAGGUUCAUCGGUGUGAUUGAGGAAGAGUAGGGACGUUUUAGGGAAGCCAAAAUAAUUUGGUAGAAUGUGUAAGAAGGUGUCCAUUCCAAGCCUAACGUUGUUAAGGAUAAUUUGUUGUUAUAAUGACGUUUUUUAUAUUUCGAUAUGCCUGGGGAAUAUUAACUAAA